AUGGAAACCCCGAAAGCAGAAGAGGUCAAAAAGGGGAUUGCAGUCCUCUGGGAGAGCCUCCAGUGUCCUAUAUGUCUGGAUUUGAUGACCAUACCUGUAUCUACAAAGUGUGACCAUCAAUUUUGCAAAUUUUGCAUAUUGAAGGUUUUGGACACCAUAAAAGUAAAAAGAGAGGCUAACUGUCCGGUCUGCAAGAUCAGGAUUACUAAACGGAGUUUGCAGGAUAGCCCUGGGUUUCAGAGAUUAAUAGCUGGAUUGCAGGAUAUGAUACGGGCCUAUGAACAAGACACUUGCUCAAAUUACUUUACUGGAUUGUCCCUGCAAAGAAGACAACAAAAUGUUACCCAGGAAGAAGAUAAGGAACUUCUCCAUAAUGGUCUGUCAGGAGGCACAUCUGGCACUGGUCUUGAAGAUGAAGAAAAUGAAAACCAUAAGAGUCUUCAACAAUCUAACUCUUCAACGAUAGCAGCAAAACAGGGUUUUGCAGAGCUGAUGGAACUUGAACACUCAAGGCCUUUCAAAGGCCAAGACAGUGGACUUGGUGAUGCUUCGCUGUUGGAAAACAAAAAUACAAGGAGCAACCCUACCAUAUAUUACGAGAAGCCAGAAACAGAAAUUUUAGAAGUUGUAGAAAAGGCAACAUCACAGCCUAAAAUUAGGAGCAAAAGGAGACUCACCCAGUUUAUGAAUCCCUCGUCUAGCCUGAUAUUAGUUCCAGAUGAGGAGCUUCCCCAACUGUUAAGACGGUCUUCAAGGAAUGUAAAAAAAAAAGAUGAUGUCGAGGAGAAACAGAAAAAAAGUCUAGAGAAAGUGUCCGAGUGGCUGUCGAAAGUGCCACAGUUUAUGGAAGAAAAUUCUGAGCUUGGUGGAAAAACUAAAGACACUUUUGACUCUGAAUUUCCUGCUUCUCUUAGUGAAAGCAGUUUUUCCUUCUCAACAGAAUUAGCUGAGAAAGAUAAUAAUGAUAUAAAGCCUGCAGUGUGUGCUAAAAGCCUUGAAGAGCAGGUGUUUGGGGCAGUCUACAAGCGAGAACGAAGGAGCAAGACCUUCUCGGCACAACCAGCAGUAGUGGUAGAUCCACCUGCACCCUCCCUGCUUGAAGAUACUCAGACACACAAAAGGAAGAAUCCCAAAACGAGAAAGAAAAAUAUUCUCACUCCUACUGAUUUUGUCAAAAAAUCCUUCUCUGAGGGUGAAGAAGAAAGGACUGUGCCAGGGGAGGAUCCGCCACAGGGAAUAGAACAUGAAAAUAAUACUGCCAAUGGUACUUCAGCAAAACAGACAUGUGCUGACUUAAAUGACAGCUUUAAAGACACUAACACACAUCAAAAAGACUUGGAAAAGUUGCUAGAGAAGGACCAAAAUAAGAGAAAAGAUGAAGCGGGCAAUUCGGCGUUUGAAAUUAUGCCACAUCGGCCAGAUAGAAAGUCAGCAAAAACAAUGCAUAACAUCAUGCAGGAUAUUGAUAGUGAUCUGCAAGAACAUGCUAAGGUACAGGUGAAAUGCCCAGAAGGGAGGAGAACCUGCAGAAGGAAAAACCAAAAGGCCAAGCUGCAUCAGGGCAAGUCUGCCAGAGUGCCUGAGCCCCUUGUUUUUGUUAGUGUUGGAGAAGGAGCAUUCAGUCCUGAUGAGACAGUCAAGGGUAGACCAAAGGUGGAGGAAGUCCAAGAACAAAUUGAGAGCUUCCCUAGCAGUGAAGACCCCGAAACGCCAGUAAUGAGGGGCACUAGGAGAAGUAGAAGACUUAAGCUCGUCAUUGAGGAAGUUCAGGAGAGUGACGAGAGUCACAGAAGAAAAGCAUGUUCCCCAAAACAUGUGAAAGACAAUGUACCUGCAACACACAAUGAAGUAAAACAAUUUGAGGAAGCCAAAGCAAGUACAUCAUAUGCUAUGGCGUUUUACCCAAACAGAAAUCCUGCACAGGGUGCUAGAAGAAACGGCUGCAUCUGUGAUGAGGAGGACAUAGGAGGAAUUGAGUCUAGUGAGACUACAGCUACUAAUUUAGCAGCAGCAGAAGCAGUUAAACCUUCUGAAGAGUCCAUUGCUGAAGCUAAUCCACCCCCAAUUGACACUCUGCUUGAGAAUGAUCCAUUAAAGACAUCCGCUUGCCAUGAUAAGUGCGUUGAAAUGCAGGAAGAGGAAGACAAGAAUGACAGCGAGCUGGACCCAGAACAACUGGUCAAGAGCUUCAAAGUGGCGAAAAGGAGAUCUUUCCUUCUUAGUAGUCCAGACGUGAAGAAGAUUAGUCUUAGAAGUCUUAGUUCAGACAAAGAAAAUCUACAGGGGGCUAAAACAGAGGAAAGCUGUGAUGUUGGUUCUGAAACUGCAGCUGCAACCAAUCAGGUUUUCAGAAACGUGAGGGAAUGCUCUGUCUUCCACCGGCAAACAUUAAGAAAAACUGAAAACUCAUCUUGUAGUGAUUUGUUCCCUCCUUCAAACGCACCCAGCAGUGAGCCAAACGUACCAAAACUUACACCUCAAAUAGAUUCAAAGGAAAUUUUUGACAAAUCGGAUCAAAUGAUGGUUGAUGAAUCAAUCGAUGCAGGUGGGGAGACUCAGGAUGAUGCUUUGAUCUGUCUGUCUGGGAACACUGUUAGCAGUGCUCUCAGUCCAAACAAAGUGGCAAAAAGUCAAAUAGAAAACAUGCCUUCAGCACCUGAACCAGUAGAAUCUCAAUUACUCUUCACAGGCUCUGGUGUCUCUGCUGAAGAUAUGCCCUCAGUACCUUCAAAACAUUCUCACAUCAUUGAAAAGCAACUAGACUGUACCAUAAGUGAAUUAGAAAAAAUGAAGCAAUUGGAUGUCAAACCUAGAGUUUCAUUGGACACUACAGCUGUCAAUGACAGAGAUUGUAAUGAAAACUCAGUUGGACACAUAAGUACAGAAGCCUCCCUAACUCCCGAUGGCCUUGUAUCACCAGCUGUUCAAAGAGUUCAUCAAGCAGAGGCAAAUGACCAGGGAAGUUGUGAGCUAAGUGGCCAUUCCCUCAUUAAAUGCAAUGCAAGGAGAAGGGGAAAAUCUCAAAAGCUAGAAUCAUCUUCUGACUCGGAGGAUGGUAGUGAUGGGGAGGACCAACUGCCGCCUUUAGCGCUUAUUUUUCAAACUUCUGCUAUGGAACAGGAGUUGCUUGACCACCAAGCCCAGGAUCCAGGAGGCUCCAAAAAAGCUAAUAGAUGUGAGGGCGCAUGUGUUGCUGCUGAUGCAGGGGAGGAGCAGAGCCAUCUACCUGCAUGCCCCGACCCUGACAGUGUUCAUUCCAGCCAAGCCUCUGUGGACUUGUUUGGUACACCUGAUGAAUAUGACAUGCCAAUAGACUCAUCACAAUUCGAGAGUGAAGUCCUUGUUACACAGGAAAAGUUGGCAAUGCAGGAGGACCUGGUGAGGUUGGAGAAGUUGAUGGCUCUGGUAAAAGAGGCACUUCUGGAGAAGGAGGGUGGUUCUUCUUUGUCUGAAGUCCCUCAGGAAAAACCAGUGGCGCAUGAGGGUAGGAAAUCCACAGGCCAUGACCUCCCUACUACGUCCCUGUCAUGUAAGAAAGGCCAUAGCCAGAGUUCGGACAGGAAGGCUGCUCCAGACAUGGGGAAGGACUCCAGCACUGUGCCCCCUGAUUUAGGAGAAUCUAGUGGCUGUAGGGCCACCCAGCCCAGUGUGCCAGGGCAUGACAGUAUUACAGAGAAGGCAGAAAAGACCGCCAGACAUUCAGGGCUGAAUGUGAGAUACUGUGGUGCUGGAACACCAUCAACAAAACAGGACAACAGGGAGACCAAUGCCACUAGUGCACCUGCAGAACAAACUCCUCAAAGGCACACGUGUGGGGCCAAGUUGGUGCUCGUGUCAUCAGGACUAGGCUCCAGUGAACAGGCGAUGGUACAAAAGUUUGCCAAGAGGGUCGGCGGUCAUGUGGUGCCCCAGGUGACGGCAGAGGUGACCCAUAUCAUAAUGUGCACAGAUGGACAAUUGGUGUGUCAGCGGACACUUAAGUACUUCCUGGGUAUUGCAGGCAGGAAGUGGGUGGUGAGCUUUCAAUGGAUUUCUGAGUGUUUUCAACAAAGGAAACUCCUUGAUGAGAGCUCCUUCGAGGUGCGUGGUGAUGUAGUUAACGGGUCCAAUCACCAGGGUCCCAUGAAAGCCCGUACCACAGAAGACAGCAAUCUGCUGAUGAGGGGCUACAAGAUUUACUUCCAAGGGCUGUUCACAGACAUGACCACAGAUCAAAUGGAAUGGAUGGUGGAGCUGUGUGGAGCGGCUGUAGUGAAAGAUCCACUUCUCUUCAGCAGUGAAAGGAAAUCCCAUCAGCUAGUUAUUGUACAGCCUGGACCAGAGUCACCGCAGUCCAAAUACAGCGCCCUCGGGAGGCGAGCCAUCGUCUUAAGACGCGGCUGGCUGCUGGAUACAGUGGCAACCUACACGCUCCAAAACUACGACACCUACAGAUUGUGAGCUGAGGAAAGCUGUUGUGCCGUCAUCGCCCCACCG